AUGAAAAGGAUCACAUAUGCUUCGGCCAUAGGAUCUAUUAUGUAUGCCAUGAUAUCCACUAAGCCAGAUGUGGCUUAUGCGCUUAGCAUGACAGGAAAAUUUCAGCAAAAUUCUGGUGAGGAAUAUUGGAAAACUGUUAAGACUAUUCUUAAGUACCUUAGAAGGACUAAAGAAUAUUUCUUAGUCUAUGGUGGACAACCAGAGUUAUCAAUUACAGGGUAUACUGAUGCUAGUUUCCAAACAGACCAUGACGACUAUAAGUCUCAGUCUGGAUAUGUUUUUAUCCUCAAUGGUGGAGCAGUGAGUUGGAAUAGUUUCAAACAAGGUACAACUGCCGAUUCCACCACCGAAGCCGAGUAUAUUGCUACAUCUGAAGCUGCCAAAGAAGCUAUUGCUUUGUUAGAGUUCGUUAAAGAACUGGGUGUCAUUCCAAGUGUCAGUAGUGCAACACCUUUGUACUGUGACAACACUGGUGCUGUUGCGCAAGCAAAACAUCCAGAGCUACGAACAUAA